GGGAUUAGGAGGAUGAUUGUUGACAUUUUGUGCAUGACCAACGUCAGACAUGGCAAUUCUAUAGUUUGUAUGAUUCAUCCACACGUGAAUAGUUGGUGAGUUUGGGCUUUGCCUAAGUGAACUAAAUUAUCAUUAAGUAGAGACACUUAGUUCGCACCUAUGGUCUUUCUUAAUUAUUGAUUGACUUUGGAGCUGCCUUAACUACACCAUAAAUCACACGUUUUACAAAUUCCUUUAAUUUCAUUCUCUUCCUUUUGGUCAAAAUUAAAAAUAAAAAUAAAAAGAGAUUAUUUCGACAUCUACAUGUUCUUUUGUCUAUGGGGCCAAUCCAGUGAAUCCGGUCACACGUUGGAUUUCCUUUCAAGCAUUAAAUUGCGGCCAAGCAACUAGCACUUCACUAAUCGAAUUAAGCCCAUGCAAGAUCGUUGUCAAAACAUCUCUCCUCUCUUUUUGAAAUGCAAAUCACACUCAUAAAGUUGUUUUUUACUUUCUAAAUGUUAAAAUCGUUGUCAUUAAUUAUUUGACACUAUAGUUUUUAACGAUAAAUAAAUAAGUAAAGAUUGGUCUUUGAUAGCUAAGUUCAUUCCUAAAUUAGUUUGAGGUUUAAAAAGUAAAUAAUUUAGGUAGUUUGAGUUUAUAGGCAACCUUAGGAAAAUAUAUCAGGAUUUAUUUUUAUAAUAAAAAAAUCAACUGCACGUUUUAUUACAAAUUUUAAAGUUUGACUGUUUGAGGGAUAAAAUGGUAAUUCUAAAAGUAUAAAGUGUAUUUCUAAAUAAGUAAAUAAACCUGAGGGGGCAAAGGUAAAUUGUCUCUAUAAAUAAAACCCUCGCGGCUCUGCUUUCUUCUCCAUCUCAUGCACACACCUUUUCUCCUCUGUUCCACCUCGAACGCUUGCAGCACUGCUUCAGUCUCAGCCAUGGUGGUCUUGGCCAACCCUGCGCUCGAUGCCAUCCCCAUCCUCAGCUCUCCCAAGCCAUGCGCUUGCUUCUCCACCGUCCCCGUCGUGGACCUCUCUAUGCCCGGCGCCGCGGAGGCCCUCGUGAGGGCCUGUGACGACUUCGGCUUCUUCAAGAUCGCCGGCCACGGCAUUCCCAUGGAGCUCAUGCAGAAGUUGGAGGCGGAGGCGCUCCGGUUCUUCCACUUUCCGCAGGCCGACAAGGAGAAGACCCGCCCGGCCGACCCUUUCGGCUACGGCAACAAGCAGAUUGGACCCAAUGGGGACAUCGGCUGGGUGGAGUACCUUCUCUUUGCCGUCACGGCGGAUCCCUCGGCUUACACUUAUAUGGACUGCUCUUUCCGCUCUGCUUUGCUGGAUUUCAUGCUUUCUGUGAGGAAGCUGGCUCGUGAGGUUCUGGAAUUAAUGGCGGAGGGAUUAAAGCUCAAGAAAAGAGAGUUUUUCAGUAAUCUAGUGCUGGGAGACGGGAGUGAUGGAAUCUUCAGGCUGAACCACUACCCCAAGUUUCCUCCUCUAGAGAAGUUCAACUGCAGCUUGACGGGGUUCGGCGAGCACACGGAUCCACAACUGAUAUCGAUCUUGAGGUCGAACAACAGCGCCGGGCUACAGAUUUCACUCAGGGACGGCAGCUGGGUCUCAGUGCCGCCGGACAGCGAGUCCUUCUUCAUCAACGUCGGCGAUACUCUUCAAGUGUUGACGAAUGGGAGGUUCAAGAGCGUGAGACACAGAGUGUUGGCCAACGGGUCGAAGCCGAGAAUAUCGAUGAUCUACUUCUUUGGGGCUGCGCCUACUGAAAAGAUUGCGCCAUUGGAAGAGUUGAUGGGGGAGGGAGAACGGAGCAAGUACAGGGAGUUCACGUGGAGCGAGUACAAGAAGGGUGCCUACAAGACAAGGCUAGGAGACUACAGGUUGGGCCAGUUCGAGAAGUAGGGAGGGGAAGGAGAAGGAGAGGAGGAUUCUUUCAUUGAUGGGUGAUUCCACAGAUGAAGGGUCAACACUGCUCGACUUUUGGGGUGGUCAAAGACAACAAUAUAUAUAUCUUUCUCUCUCUAUGUAGUCUAGCUAGCUAGUCAGCUAAGUUGUGCAUGCAUCAAAUUAAGUACAAAUGUAAAGGAAGAAGAAUUGUUAUUUGUAAGCAGUGUGUUUAAUUAACAGGAUCAUUGUAGAUA